CCUCAAGUGAGAAAGAAAGUAGAUUUAUAAUUUCUUUCUUGGAAAGCCAACGCAGAAAAGAGAGAUUGAAGAAGGAAAAGGGGUUCGGACUCCAUGCCUGACUCUCACCAUCUUCUCUUGUUCCUUCCAUCUGUUAUGUCUCUGAUUCUCUUCUUCAUCCUCAUCAAGAGAAAGCAAAGAAGGUAUAAUCUUCCACCAGGGAACAUGGGGUGGCCUUUUCUGGGUGAAACCAUCGGUUACUUGAGGCCUUACACUGCUACCUCAGUAGGUGAAUUCAUGCAAAACCAUAUCUCAAGGUAUGGGAAUAUCUACAAAUCAAACUUGUUUGGUGAGAAGACAAUAGUGUCUGCAGAUGUUGGGCUGAACAAGUUCAUAUUACAAAAUGAAGGAAGAUUAUUCGAGUGCAGUUACCCGAGAAGUAUUGGUGGCAUUCUUGGGAAAUGGUCGAUGUUGGUUUUAGUUGGAGAUAUGCAUAGAGACAUGAGGAUUAUAUCACUCAAUUUCUUGAGCAACGCCAGGCUGAGGACUCAUCUUCUGAGAGAAGUGGAGAAGCAUACUUUGCUUGUUCUAAGUAGUUGGAAAGACAAGUGUGUAUUUUCAUUUCAGGAUGAAGCAAAGAAGUUCACGUUCAAUUUGAUGGCAAAAAAUAUCAUGAGCAUGGACCCUGGACAUCCCGAGACCGAGCAGCUCAAGAAAGAAUAUGUUACUUUCAUGAAAGGAGUGGUUUCUGCUCCUCUCAAUUUACCUGGAACUGCAUACAGAAAAGCCUUACAAUCUCGAUCAACAAUCCUAAAAUUUAUUGAAAGAAAUAUGGAAGAGAGAAUAAGGAAGACCAAGGAGGGAAAAGAAAACCCCGAGGAAGAUGAUCUUCUUGAAUGGGUUUUAAAGCAUUCAAAUCUUUCGACAGAGCAAAUCCUGGACUUGAUCUUGAGCUUGCUUUUUGCUGGACAUGAAACUUCAUCAGUAGCCAUAACCUUAGCCAUCUACUUCCUUCCAGGUUGUCCCAUGGCCAUUCAACAGUUGAGAGAAGAACACCUUGAAAUUUCCAGAAGCAAGAAGCAAUCAGGGGAGAUUGAACUCAACUGGGAUGAUUACAAGAAGAUGGAGUUCACGCAAUGUGUUAUUAAUGAGACACUUAGGCUUGGUAAUGUCGUCAGAUUUCUGCAUAGAAAGGCACUUAAAGACGUUCGGUACAAAGGGUAUGAUAUUCCAUGUGGGUGGAAAGUGCUACCAGUGAUUGCAGCAGUGCACUUGGAUCCCACUCUUUUUGACCAUCCUCAACGCUUCAAUCCAUGGCGAUGGCAGCAAAAUGGGUCGGUGACAUCAUCGUUUCCGAGCGAUUACUUCAUGCCGUUCGGGGGAGGACAACGGCUGUGUGCAGGGACGGAGCUGGCUAAAUUGGAAAUGGCUGUAUUCAUUCACCAUUUGGUCCUCAACUACCAGUGGGAGUUAGCCGACACGGAUCAGGCCUUUGCUUUCCCUUUUGUCGACUUCCCUAAAGGCCUACCCAUCAGAGUCUUCAAAUAUUAAAACAGACGUCUCAGCCGCUCGUGUUGGAUAUAGGCAUUUAUAGUUUAACACCAACCUGCCUACUGUCCUUGAAGACCAGACGAUAAUGGCUCUCGUAUUUUUCAACUUCUUAGGUACAUGAAGAAAAGGGCAAGACAAACGGAUUCAAAGUACCAUGUUUAUAUUCAUAUUAAUGUAAAUUUUU